CGUACUUAAGUUUCGGAGGGAAUUGUAACGGUUUUUUGGUUAGUUAAACGUUAAAGGGACGUGUUAAGCGACAUUUUAUAUUUUACAAGAAAAUAAUGUCUCAGCCUUCGGUUGCAAGUUAUUUUAAUACGCGUAAACGCCAAGCCGCGAUCGAUUCCUUAAAACAAACAACCCCGAAAAAGGUGUUAAUUCUUGAUCAAAACGAAACGGAAAUUAAUAAACAGCAUUUAAAGGGACACCAUGAUGAACCAAAAAUCAUCGUAGUCAAAGAAACAACUAAAAUCACCAAAAAGGGGCAACGAACCACACAAAGAACCCGUAAAAAAGAUGAUUCCAUUUCAAAUCAACCCGAUAUUAAACAAUUUGUGCAAAAUAUUUGUGAAAAAACCGAAAUUAAAGCGGUUGUUGAUCGCGAAGCGGAGCUUAAAACACCUCCGGGUAGUCCUGUAAUUAUAAACGCGAUGGAUAAAGUUAAAGUAACAGGAAAAGAGAUUAAUUUUAACGAGAUUAAGCAGAAAUUAUCGAGGAGUUCUCGUUUGGCGGAGUUAAAAGCGUCAUUGAGCAAAUUUAAGGAGAAAGAUGCUAAAUUAAAGGAAAUCGAGAAGAAAAAUGAGAAGAAUGAGGUUCAUUUAAACUUAAAGGAGUUCAAAAAAAUCGAAUUGGAAGUUUGUUUGAGCCCAACGAAAACUUUGUCGCCACAAAAACAAUAUUUGAGCCCCAAAAAAGAUACUACAGCGCGUAAAAACCUUUUAAAUCUUCUUUCACCGACGAGAAACGCCGUUGCUUUACCCCCAAGUCCGCUUAAAUCAGAGAAAGAAGAAUCAUUAAGCGAAUCGUUUACUUUACCCUUUAAAUAUAAGUGCUUAUUAGAAAUAUUUAGAGGAAUUGAUAUUGCUUGCCAAAUAUUAUUUAAUCGCAAAGAAACAAUCACAUUUAGAAAGUUAAAAUCAGCUGUGGAAGAAAUGUUGAAAAGGAAUUUGUUUGAAAGGCAUUUAGCACAAAUUGCGACGAUUUAUCCGAAAGCGUUUAGUUUCGUUCAAGAAAAACUUCGAGUUUUUGGUUUGGGUGUUAAAGAGAAUCGAUGGGAAUUGGUUGUAAAGCCGGGGGUUGAAGAAAAUAUGUCUUCUGAUGUUUUAUUAGAAAGGAGGAGGAAAUUUAAUCGAUUAUUAAUUGAAAAAGUCCAUCAGUAUCAUGAUGAAUUCUUAAAAUCUGUUGGAUUGAACAUAAAUAAAGAAAAAUUGAAGCGAUGGCACCCCGAAUUUAGUUUAGAAACUGUCCCUGAUAUCGAAUGUGAAAAAUUACCAGAACCCCCCCAAGAAAAUAAAGUAACAACCGGAAAAGAAGUCCUUGAGAAAGCAAAAGAUUUAUUUAAAUGUAACUCUCGAAUGGAAGCAGCCUUACAAAGAUUAUCUGCUCGAGAAACCAAACAGGUUGAGAUUAAAACACCAUCAGAAGAUAUUAAAAAUCCACUUUUAAAAGGAAUUCCAAAAGCUAUCCUAGAAAAAGUGAGACAAAAACAAGCUGCCAAAGCUUUGGAGAAUAUGACUCGAUCAACUGCCAAAGACAAAGAGGUUCAAAUUUAUAAAAAAUUACCGGAAAUUGCGAGAUUAACUCGAAACAUUUUUGUUUCUGAGCGCAAAAACGUUCUUCCUUUAGAGGUUGUUGUCGAAAAGUUAGGAAAUAGUUGUAGGACUUUUAAUACUAAAACUGAUCUUGAGGGUCACCUUAAAGCUUUAACGAAAGAAAUGCCUAAUUGGCUCAUUCUCCACGAGAUGAGACAAAGCGUUUUUGUUAAAAUUUCGAAAGAUAUGGAUUUGAGUGUCGUUAUAAGUCGAUUGGAGGCGAUUACAAAGGCGAAAAUUGAAAGUUAGUGGAUGUUCUUUUUAUUGCGUCACGAAUUUCGUUUUUAAAAGAAUUAUUUUAAAUGUGUGUGGAUUUUUUAAGACUAAAUCUUGUAGAUUUUUUUUUAUAAAAUAAAUUUUUUAAUUCACUUUAUUUAAUAUA